AUGAAACAGUUAGAAAAUGAAGUGCAGCUUAGACAAUUAGUUGUUACACAGAUAAGUGUCCACGAAAAACAAAUUGCUUCCCAUCCUGCUCGAGAAUCGGCUCUUGUUCUGCCCUUUGACGAGUCUGACGUAGAUGGAUCAUUUGUGUCUUUUGAAAAUACAAAGAUUCUCAAGUGGAUUGAGGCCACCAACACUAACACAUUCGAUGACCUCAAACUCAAUUUUGUAUAUUAUAUCGUCAACACUUCUGACCGGCGGAAAGAUUCACUACUGGUCCAUAUCAAUCUCAUGAAAGUUUAUGUUGAGAGGAAGCGAGAGGAAGACUCCGCAGAGGGUCAAAAUGCAAUUCCCAGUGCCAUGUGUAAUACUAGUUUGGUCCAAGAGAUGAUUAAUGCUCCUGCUACCUUCCAGCGAGUGUUUAGCUACACUAUUCAAGAUCUUGAGGGGAAUGCUGCUUAUCUAGACGAUCUAGUGGUCACCGCCGACAGCUGGGGAGAACACCUUACCAGUCUCAACGCUCUCUUGGAUCGACUACAGGGGACUAGAUUCACCAUUAAUUUGGCCAAAUCAACAUUCGGGAUGGCCACUGUUGUAUACGUGGGACAUUUAGUUGGCCAGCGACUGGUGCGAAAUAAGACUGCAAAUGUUGAAGCCAUCCAGGCUUCCCAUUCACCUGCCACCAGGAAAGCUCUUAUGAGGUUUUGGGGAAUGGUUGGCUACUACAGUAGGUUCUGCAGCAAUUUUUCCACCGUCGCUGCCCCCUUAACUAAGCUGAAUAGUCCCAAAACGCCAUUCCUAUGGACACCUGUGUAA